UCAUUUGUCUGAACACUCGGUUCGGAGUCGUUUUGAGCUCUGAUUCAGGGAUUGUGUUUAUAAACUAUUACACUGAUGUCCAUCAUGGUAGCUGUCGGUUUCUUUCGGAUCGUGUGUCUGUUAGUGUGUUUUAUUCUUACAGCUGCUGAUGGACCCUUGGUGAUCACACCCUCAAAGCUGGUGGUGGAAUAUGGUGCUAAAGCCUCAGCUAACUGCUCCACUACCAACACCCAUAAUGGAAUGGGCUGGGAAGCCUCACAAGGAGCGACAAAUAUGGAAAAAGAUGUCAGUUUCCUCACCUGGACAGUGGAGAGGCUUACAACGUGGGAUAUAAGGCCAAUAUGCUUCAUUAACUUCAUUAACAUUCAAAAAAUGGAGUCACUCAGUAUUACUAUUUACAAGCUUCCAGAUUCAUUGUUGGUUAAAAGUCUUCCAAUGCCUGUAAUGGAGGGGGAAAUUUGUUCACUUCGUUGUGACGUUCAAAAUGUUGCUCCAGUUCAGUACCUUAGCGUCACGUGGUACAAACAACAGAUUAUUGUGAACAGUACCACCUUUAAUGAAGUCAGCAUCACUCCAGUGAACAAAUCUAUUGAACUCAGUAUCAAGCCCAGCAGAGAGGAUGAUGGAGUCACAUACUGGUGUGAGGCGAAGCUGGAACUGGGACCAGAUGGACCAGAGCCACCUCCUACAAUGAAGUCAGAUCCUUUCCAGAUUGAAGUACACUACAAGCCAUUGUUCUCAGAAGACACAGAGAUUAUAGAAGCUGUAGAUGGGGAAAUCAAGUUAAACUGUUCUAACUCAGCAAAACCUCCUUCUGAACACAUCUGGGAGGGACCACAUCUGGAAAAGAAAGUUGGAUCAUCCUCAUUGUCCGUUUCUUCUCCUGGAAACUACAUAUGCACUGCCACAAACAGAUAUGGCCAAGCAGAGAAACUGUUCAUUAUCAGAUUUAGAAAUCGUGACUACACCAUUCUGGCCAUUGUUUUGGGACUCGGAUUACUUUUAGCUGUUAUCCUGAUUAUAGCUUUUACUACAGACAAAUUCAGGAAAAGCCGCUCUGGAGCCUCUGCUAAUCACAAUAUGAUGCCGUCCUCAUCAGCUCAGAAAGAGGAAGGUGAAGAGUUGGUUUCAGUCACCAAAUGAGUUCACGGGUGGCGUUGCACUGUUUUAACACUGUUCAGAUUCUGGUGCAGCAACCAGUGAAAAACGAGAAUUCUUGUCUGUUUUUAACGUGACGUGACUGACAGAGGAGAGAAACACUGCUAUUGACACUGUGGAGUUAAUGUGAACAUGAAGAUUUCACUUUCAUUUAUAUUGUCUUUUAUUUUUAGCUAUUUCCCUUGGAUCAACUCUGUCAGUGGAUUUCAACACAUUUCCUUUGUCCCACUUCCUGUUGAAUAAAGCACCAUUACGCAGUAUCACAGGAGCAGUAGUGAUGCUGUAGUGAACUGGCGCUCAUGCUCAGUCCGACUGAGACGAUGAAGAUACUUUUAUUCAACAAUUUUAUAAACAAAAAAUGUAUAAUUUUACAUUUCUAACAAAUUGUCUGACACAAACAGUAUUGUCACAUAUAUGAAAGAAAGCCUGAACUGUUGCCAUGGUAUCAUCCAACUUACUAUGGGCCUGACAGCCCUGACAGCCCAUAAUACUGUAAGUGUAACACUCCUGUCCAGUAAGAUGAACAAAGCGGAACAAUGGAUGGGAGAAAGUAGCCUUAUGUUUUAUAUUUCUAUGUCUUAUGUAUUGUUUUUUUAUACACAAUAUUCAUUGCCACACCCACUUCCUGUCCCAUCCUGCAUGUUCUGUCUGACUUGGAAAACCAAAUGAAUGUUCAGUAAGUUUAACUGUCUAAACAUUGACCUAAAACACAUCUGUAUUCUGUCUGUGUGCUUCAGAAAUGUUAACGACUUGCUGAGGCCUGCUUUAAAAGGGAAGAGUUUGAGCUGGUACUGUACAUCUGAGUCGCUCUACUAUUACUCUACUCUUUUUUUACGGGGAACUUGUGACAAAAAUUUAGGUGCACAGGAUCAUUAUAAGGAAUAACAUGAAUAUAUCACUUUCGUUUGCAUUCAACACAGGGACUAAGUGACUGCUUAAUGAAAACACUUGAUUUUCGUAACACCUAAAAAUUAACUUUUUUUUUCUUUCCAAAAUAUGUUUCAGGUUUAAUAAAAUUAAAGUUUAAAAAGAUGAAAAAAAAAGAAUAAGUUUCUUUUUCACAGGCAACAGCUGAAAUUUUCAACUUUACAAUACAAUAAAACUCUCUAAUAUCCUGAACAAUGGUGGAAAUAAAGUAUUUUGUAAAUUUGAUGUACUUUCCUUGAGCACUUACAUGAUAUUUCUAUGCUGCACAGAAGGAUUGUUAUAAAAUGAACUACCAAGAAUUUAAGUUUUAUCAUAAACAACAAUAAUGCAGUACUAUAA